AUUUUCACACAGUACAUGAGACAGGUAGUGAAGUUUUGUUCGUUUCGUGUGUAUCGAUUUUUUGAGUGAAGUGAACGUAGUGUUCGUGUCCUUUAGUUUAGUGACGUUUGUUAGAAAAAUAUCUGUGAAUGGGAUUGUGUAACGAGAUAAAACGUUUACUUGGUGUGUGAUUCUCAUAAAAGGAUGACGAAGGAUAGGUUAGCGGCGCUCCAAGCGGCGCAAAGCGACGAUGACGACGUCGGGCCCGACGAUGUCAACGUCGCCGUCGAAGGAGGCUUUAUGGAUGAAUUCUUCAGUGAGGUGGAAGAGAUACGAGAGAUGAUAGACAAGAUCCAGGCGAACGUCGAAGAGGUGAAGAAGAAACACAGUGCCAUUCUAUCAGCACCGCAAUCAGAUGAAAAAACAAAGCAUGAACUAGAAGAUCUCAUGGCUGACGUUAAGAAAACUGCCAACAAAGUACGAGGAAAGUUAAAACACAUAGAGCAGAACAUCGAGCAAGAGGAGCACUCGAAUAAAUCGUCUGCGGAUCUGAGGAUAAGAAAGACUCAGCACUCGACGCUGUCGCGCAAGUUCGUGGAGGUGAUGACGGAGUACAACCGCACGCAGACCGACUACCGGGACCGCUGCAAGAGCCGGAUACAGCGGCAGCUAGAGAUCACGGGCCGCGCCACCACCGACGACGAGCUCGAGGAGAUGCUGGAGCAGGGCAACUCCGCUGUCUUCACGCAGGGGAUAAUAAUGGAGACCCAGCAGGCGAAGCAGACGCUGGCCGACAUCGAGGCGCGACACGCUGACAUCAUCAAGUUGGAGACCUCCAUCCGCGAGCUGCACGACAUGUUCAUGGACAUGGCGAUGCUUGUCGAGAGCCAGGGAGAGAUGAUCGACCGCAUUGAGUAUCAUGUAGAACACGCUGUGGACUAUGUCCAAACUGCCACACAAGACACUAAGAAGGCCCUAAAAUAUCAGAGCAAAGCUCGACGGGACCGUCAUGCAAAGGAAAAUCGUCGCGCAUAUAUCGGUGCCUGCAUCCCGCCUGGCAAGAAACUACAUUCUGCAACGGAGCGAAUCAUCAACACAUAUAAACACCUCUUAUUUGUUGUUAGAAAUUCGUCUGUAAGAUUCAAACUAUAUUCAAUUACUUAUCAUCUGAGAUAUAUUAUAGGAGCACGUGUCCGGUACGAAAUACCGACCGCGACGGUGCGAACAAUUACUGGCCGUAACCAUAUCAUAACCGCUGGCUCUAAUAUCAAUUUUCGUAGCGAUUACAUAAAACUAUGUAUUUAUUUAUUAUAAUUAAUGAAAUAAUAAUUUAGUGCGCAAUAAUCAAUGAAUAUACAUAAUGUUAGUUAAUACGUACAUUAUAUAAUUAUUAUUAGUAUCUACACGCAUAACGGCAUUUAGAAACUUGUUAAUCUUUGUUUCUACUUCAAUAUCCCUUACUAAGUAUUUAUAUUAAUCUAAAUAUUGGCCAGUGAAAUUUGGAAAAACAUAUUUAACUCAACUUUUGAUAAUUAUCGUCACAUUAUGGUUGCUUAGAAGCCAUAGUGUGGGCAUAGUUUGUAUCUAUAAGUAAAGUGAUAAACGAUUUAACAGAUACCCUCUUUCGAAAGAACACUAAUUCUCCAAAAGUAAUUUCCGUUUACUCGUGAAUAGCUGAACCACGUUGAUAGGUUUAGAGGGAUGGAGUAGGAUCGGGCGUCCGGUUGGCGCCCGGCGCCGGCAGCGGGCGCGUGACGUCACAGCCCGCGGCAGGGCGCCGGCGCCGGCCAGCCGCGCCCUAGCAAUAAUAAAGUUCGAUUACAAUUGGAAAAUUGUUUAAAACUUUCGAAUGUGUGAUAGUAGAUGCAGUUGUUGUUUAGUUAACUUUAUAAUAAUAAUAAUUGUUAUUGUGAAUGUAACUUUUAAUAAACAGUAAGAGUACUUUGAACUUUUCAAACUAAUACAUAGUAUAAACGACUCAUUAAAACUUUCGGCGCUUUUUGAUCAAAUUUAUAGUUGAGUGAAUAUAAAGUUUUAAUUUGGUAUCUUUUAAGACGCUCUUCGUUGUACAGUAAAACAUAAUGUAGCCGUUUUAGCUAGGGUAACUUUUUUAAUAAAUUUGAAGUACAGUCUUCAGCAAUAUAAGAAUAGUUAUUAAAGCAGUAUUUUCCGUUUGUAAUAAUAUAUUUGUAGAGUCACUCGAAAAUUUGAGCACCGACAUGUAUUAGCAUUUUCCUGUAAGAAAAUGGCGUUAUAAUAUUAAACGAUAAUCGCGAAUGAGUAUAAUGUAGUGGUAUGAUAUCGCAUAUUGUUAUAACGCGAGGAGUGGCGCUGGCGCCCGAGUGAUAACGGCACUAAGUUCCCGCCGCGCGCCCCCGCGCCCCCGCUCGCGCCCCCACUCGCGCCCCCACAUGCGCCCUCGCGCCCCCUGGGAACCGGCUCGAGCGCUCGCUGUCCUACGCUGCCGUUGAAUAUUUAAGAACAUGAAGCAAUGUUAAUUUUAACAUUUUUAUAGCAUAAUUAGAGUUUUUAUCCUUAAGAGUAGGAUUUCAUCUAGUUGCCUUCGUAACAGUAGAGAAAUUAGGUGAUACCUUUUCUCUGAUUAGCUUCAUUAUAAAGUCAUGGAGGUCAGCCGCGUUUCUCUAGCCAGUCAAUUGUGUCGCUUGUCUUCCCGCGGCGGGCAGCUGGCUCCCGCCGAGCCGCCGCGUCCGACGUCGUGCUGACACUAGCUAGUUGCAUCUAAUCGCAUCGUAUCUCUAGGCUAAGUAUUAUAUUAAUUGGUCUCGAAGCGAGGCUGCGUACCUGACACCAAUGUAACGUUAAUGGUAGUGCUCUGUGCGCCUCCCCCGGGAACAUUCGCACAAGUGACCGCUCGGACCGCGAAGCGUUCCGUCCGCCGCGCUCCUACCGCGCCCGCAACGAGGCGCUUCGCGUUCAAUCCUAAUAAUAUGUAUAAUAUAAUAAAUCGUUAGAGUAGGUAUAACCGAACUUCUAGUCAGCUUUUAAUAAUCUCUAUUAUUCUAAUAAUAUCAGUCGUAAUAUUGCAAUUGUACCUUCUGUUACUAGUGUACAUAUAAGUGAUGUUCUCGUGUUCAAGUACCGGCCGCGGGCCUCCCGCCGCCCGCUCGCCGCGCCGGCCAGCCGCUGGCGGCCGUGCUGUCUAACAAAUCUCAAUAUUAUCGUAAAGCAUAGAUAUUUUCAUAAUCAAUAGUAUGCAUAAUGUUGAUUGGAUUGCUAAUUUUGUAUAAGUACGUACACAAUUAGUAUAGUUUAUAUACUUAUGUGUCAAUUCUCAUAGCGUUUUAUUACAUAACAGACGAUAGCUAGUAAGUGUUAAAAGUAAUCCAAUACGAUUGCAGUGCUGUUUAUUAAGCUAAUUGAACAAUCUUUGAGUUAUUUAUAUACUUAAACGAUGUUGGAUUAUACUCAUAUUCUUCACUCUUAAAUGUAUGUGUAAUUGUAUCACAGUUAAAAUUAAAUAUCAGUAUUUAAACAAUAAAAAUGUAUUGAAUCUAAUUCAUGGGAACCCGUAGCUCUGUUAAUAUAUUAAAAUAUAUUAUCACUUCACGGAUCAAAGUAACACUUGGUAAGAAUUUGUAAAACAACGAACAUUUGAAAUGUAGUUUUAAGAUCCCGACUAUAAAAGCUGUGACUUGACACAAUUUACUAACGCCUCAUGUCUUUAACAAUUUACCUUAAUAGUUAAUAAUGUUACUUAUUUAACGACAAAUUUGUAAAUCUUCUGUGUCAUGUGGAUAUUCUUCCUUGAAAUUCAUUAGAUAUUCAAAUAAAUUGUUGAGUGGGUACCAUUCAAAUUGUCUACCGGCAAAACCUUGCUAAGCGACGUAGGUAACGAGUUAGUUACUUAAAUAAUAUCAGUUGGGCAUGUAGCUAGUAAGAACUAUCACUGACAUUGUGUAAGAAACAUUAAAUCUCACGAUCCGCUUCUAUCAUGCAAGCAGCACUUCACCUGUGCACAAGGAGCGAACAGCUAUGUUGUUAGCGCAAGUAUCAUUUGCUAUCUGCCGGUAGCGUGACUAGAGGUGCCUACACUGAUCGUGAUGCGGACAACACCAACCCUCGUGAGGGUGCUCCAACUAAUGUUCUACAUUAUAUUGUUUAUCAGUAGGGUCGCUAGACUUCAAUUUGUAGUAAAUGUUCGUAAUUAUCAAAAAUUUCCACAAUUGUGCUUUAUUCUUUCUGACUCUUUGAUGUUGCUUGGCGUUGAACGAUGUGAAACAUUAUUAUACUAUUGUAUUAGAGUUUAUAAUUUAUUUUAAAUCAUGUUAUUUUUCAUAAUUUAGUUUAGACAAAAAUGUUAUAAUAGUUUAGUACCGUUUUACGGAUGUUUCUUGUACCUAUAUAAGUAUUUCAGACCCUAUAUUAAAGUUGUAUUCCGUAUGUCAAAAUUGUCUCAUAAUCUUCUUGUAAAGGAACACUGAUGAAUACCUACUAUCAUUGUUACGAUUUCAAAACAUUGUAUUACGAAUAACAGUAAGAUUUCUGGACACAAUAUGUAAAAUUCAAGUUAGAUUGGUUUUAUAGUCAUAUUAUAUUCUGUAUGUAGGUUAUCAAUCUGAAAUUCUCUCAUAAUUAUAAAAUAAACGGUGUUUUCUGCUGUAA